CCGGGGCAGGCUCACAGCCUAUUCUGGGUGACAGGGAGCCAGCAGAGGCUGCCUGGGGCAGUCGAGUCUUCUCCACCCAGCCUGACUCCUGGAACCCUCAGAAACCAAAGACCAGAGGACUCUCCAUCCACCAGCUGGACACCUCCUCCCCAUUGCCAGCCCCCACCCCCUGGCUGCUCCUGCCCCGGAAAGGCCUGGAAGAAGAGACCAAGGAAACAGCCCUGCCCACUCUCCCUUGACCCUCCAUCCACCCAGCACCGGCAUCUGAAGACCCCAUGGCCUGGGCUCCCUGGGGCUGCUACCCCUGGCUUGUCCUCCUCUGUGCUUGUGCCUGGGGCCGCCCAAAGUCACUGGACCUGAGAGAGGAUGUGAGAAACUGUUCAAUCAGCCCUCCGUACCUUCCAGUUACUGUGGUCAAUACCACAGCGCAGCUCACAGCCCUCCGCCAGCAGAUGCACACCCAGAAUCUCUCUGCCUACAUCGUCCCCGACACGGAUGCCCACAUGAGCGAGUACAUCAGCGACUAUGACAAGAGGCGUGCGUGGAUUACAGGCUUUACGGGGUCUGCAGGAAUCGCCGUGGUGACCAUGGGGAAAGCCGCUCUCUGGACCGACAGCCGCUACUGGACCCAGGCUGAGCGGCAGAUGGAUUGCAUCUGGGAGCUCCAUAAGGAAGUUGGCACCACUCCUGUUGUCACCUGGCUCCUCACCGAGAUCCCUGUUGGAGGGCGUGUGGGCUUUGACCCCUUCCUCUUCUCCAUCAAUUCCUGGGAGAGAUAUAACGUGGCCCUCCGAGACUCUGGCAGAGAGCUGGUGUCCAUCACCGUCAACCUUGUGGACCUGCUGUGGGGGUCAGAGAGGCCUCCGGUGCCAAGUGAGCCCAUCUAUGCCCUGCAGGAGGCAUUCACAGGAAGCAGCUGGCAGGAGAAAGUAUCUGGCAUCCGCAGCCAGAUGCGGAAGCAUCGUGAGGCCCCAACUGCCGUGCUUCUGUCCGCACUUGAUGAGACGGCCUGGCUCUUCAACCUUCGCAGCAGUGACAUCCCUUAUAACCCCUUCUUCUAUUCCUACACGCUGCUCACUGACUCCUCCAUCAGGUUAUUUGCAAACAAGAGUCGCUUUAGCUCCGAGACCCUGCAGUACCUGAACUCUGGCUGCACGGGUUCCAUGUGUGUGCAACUCGAAGAUUACGGCCAAGUCCGUGACAGCGUCCAGGCUUACACCUCAGGAGUCGUGAAGAUCUGGAUCGGGACCAGCUACACCUCGUAUGGGCUCUAUGAAGUGAUACCCAAGGAGAAACUCAUAGCAGACACCUACUCCCCAGUGAUGGUAACCAAGGCGGUGAAAAACAGCAAGGAGCAGACCCUCCUCAGGGCCAGCCAUGUGCGGGACGCUGUGGCUGUGAUCCGAUACUUGGUCUGGCUGGAGGAGAACGUGCCCAAAGGCACCGUGGAUGAGUUCUCAGGGGCAGAGCUGCUGGAGAAGUUCCGAGGAGAAGAAGAGUUCUUCUCUGGAUCCAGUUUUGAAACCAUCUCUGCUAGUGGCCUGAAUGCUGCCCUGGCCCACUACAGCCCCACCAAGGAGCUGCACCGCAAGCUAUCCUCAGAUGAGAUGUACCUGCUGGAUUCCGGGGGACAAUACUGGGACGGGACAACAGACAUCACCAGAACAGUCCACUGGGGCACCCCCUCUGCUUUCCAAAAGGAGGCGUACACCCGCGUGUUGAUAGGAAACAUUGAUCUCUCCAGACUCGUCUUCCCAGCUGCUACAUCAGGGCGAAUGGUGGAGGCCUUUGCCCGCAGAGCCCUGUGGGAUGUUGGCCUCAAUUACGGUCAUGGGACAGGCCACGGCAUUGGCAACUUCCUGUGUGUGCACGAAUGGCCAGUGGGAUUCCAGUCUGGCAACAUUGCCAUGGCCAAGGGCAUGUUCACUUCCAUCGAACCUGGUUACUAUCAGGAUGGAGAAUUUGGGAUCCGUCUUGAAGAUGUGGCCCUCGUGGUAGAAGCAAAGACCAAGUACCCAGGGACCUACCUGACAUUUGAAGUGGUGUCGUUGGUGCCCUAUGACCGGAACCUCAUCGAUAUCAGCCUGCUGUCCCCCGAGCAGCUCCAGUACCUGAACCGCUACUACCAGACCAUCCGCGAGAAGGUGGGCCCCGAGCUCCAGCGGCGCCAGCUGCUGGAGGAGUUCUCCUGGCUGCAGCGGCACACGGAGCCCCUGGCCGCCAGGGCAGCGCCCACCGCCUCCUUGGCCCCUCUGAUGACAGUCUCUGCUCUCACCAUCCUCAGCUGGAGUGUCUAGCAGCUCGAGACUCCCCUCCUGACCCUCUCGCUCAGCUCCCCUCACCCCCCCACCCGUGCCCCAAGAGCCCCUGCUGACCCAUUGCUUGGAAACCACCGCCCUUAGCCUCCUUCUGCAGGGCCAAGCCCUAGGGGUGCAGGGCUUCUGGGUCACACCUUCCCCACCCCCCCAGCUCCCCCCGACACCUGGGCUUCGACAUUUCACUCUCAGCUCCCCAUCCCCAAACCCCCAGCCCCAGGAUACAGGAGCCAGCCGGUCCCUUUCCUCCCAUGGGCCCGGUAGGCCUAGCCUGUAACCUGGCAGAGGCUGUUGUCUGCUCCACCCCCACAAGACCAAUAUAGGACACUGCCCUACCCCCCGGGGGCUCCAUGGCCCUGGGAGAGCCCCACCUUGUCAGCACCUGCUGGAGAGAGCCAGACCCACACUGGCUCCUGACUUGUUGGUCUUCCCACAUCCUUGAGGCCACCUCUGGCCACCCCCACUGUCCCUGGCCCUGCAGUGGCCUCCUGGCUGCAGCCCACAGGCUGAAGGAACAAUUGCUGCCUCCGGGCUCCCUGCUGUGCCUGUAGAGGGAGAGGAAGGGAUGGUGGCUGAGUCCUCUGGCUGUGUUACUGCCACCCCAGGGUCAGGGAGACCAGCCAGGUGAGGGGCACAUACACCAGCGCCCCACCCACCCAUGUGUGAGCCCAUCACUCCUAAACCCUAGGCAGACUCCAUGCCAGCUGACAGCAUGGGGAGUUAAGCCGUAGCAAUCUGGCCAUGGGGUAGGAGAGGACGCGGGGAGCACUCUGGAAUAUGGCCCUACCCAAAGUUGGGAACAACCUGAGGCACACUGCGCAAUCACUAUCCCAGACUUCCGGCACGUGUGUCACCCUUUGAGCUUUCCAAAGUGCAGUCACUGGGACAAGGCUGUUAAAUCCUCCGCAUUCUUGGAUGACCUUUAACCUGUGUGGGCAGAAUCUGGUUUCCCCAUUUUACAGAUAAGAGAACUGAACUCCAGUUCAGUUCAACUCCCCAGGACUUGCCCAGGGAAACACCGUGUUUGGUGGGAACGUGGCGGGGCCAGAAUGGGUCAGCAGUCCAGCUCUUUUGCCCUUUGGCACCGUGCAGAAUCCCUUAGCCUACCUCCCAGCCCCUUCCAAGUUCGCCAAGCUGGGGCAGGGGGAGGGUGGGGGACAGCUGUCUCUGGCCAGCCCAGCCGUUAGCCACCUGGGCUCACAUCCUGCUGAAUGCUUAAAACAGCCUGGCAAGGAAGCCUGCCUCUGGGUUUUGCAUUGUCUGCUGUGCAGCCGGGGACUGCUGUUACCUGUGGCUUUUGUGGUGGGAGAGGAAGGGGAGGAGUUGAGGUGGCGGCGGGGACGUGAGGCUCCCAGAAGCUCAGUUGGGGAGCACAUGUGUUUGAGAACGUGCAAGUGAGCAUGCGUGUGCGUACGUGGAUUCGCAUGAAUGCCACGCCCAGCCAACCACCUCCUGUGCUAAAGGACGGGUAGCCUUGUGGACCGGAUGAGGGGAGCCCCACGCUGGAGGACUUGGCAAAGGUGGUCACGGAAAGUUGGGGCCAGCAGAAGGGGAGCAGGGUCUGGGGAGGAGAGAAGCAAGUCUCUGGGGCAGAGACGGGCCCACCAGGCCUAGCUUGCCGAGCGUGAGGGUGACCUGUGACAGUUAUCACCACCGAUACUUGCACCCAAAGGCCACAGCUCUGAGCCAUCCUCACUGACAGCCUGUAACACCCAACAGUGGGCCUCUGUUUGCUGAGUCAUUUGUUCCCCCACAGGCUCGCCCCACAAAGACAGCUGCUCAUAAUAAAAUUAGUCGCCAUCGUCGCCGCCAUCAUCAUCAUCAUCAUCAGAGCUACCAUCCACUGAGUGUUUACUAUGUUCCAGGCACUGUGCUUUACAUGCAUUCUUUUACAUUUUUCAAAAUUUUAUUGUGGUAAGAACAUUAAACA